UGUUCACCAAACAAGGACAAACCUUUUCUGGCUUGGCUUUCCAGCUCCCUCUCUGCCCCAGCUUCAACUUGGUCUCCAGUUUUUUUUCAGCGACAUUCCCUCAGCCUCUCGCUUUUGGGGGUGGAGUCUGAGGUCCGGUCUAGAGAAUCUGUAGCCAUUUCUUCUUGACUUUGGAUAACAGUGAGAAGCAAGUGGCAUCCUGACAACAGAAGAGGGUGACCUUGGUUUUCCAGAGCUACCUUCUUUGAAGACAAAGACAGGGAGAGAGACAGACAGACACCAGAGGAGAAUCAGGGUAGGAUUCAUGGAGAAGAUAAUACCUGGGUUGAGCACUAAAAGAAGACAAGAAUUUGGAAAGGCAGAUAGGCAGAAGAAGUAUGUGCCGGUUAUGAGAUAAAACUUAUGUGACUGCAAGAGAACUAGUGUCAAGUUCAAGGAACAGCUAGAAGUAUAAUUUGACAGAGUUCAUGAAUACAUUUGGAAAGUUCAGAGGCGGAGUCAAGAUGGCGGCCUAGAAGAAGCAGAAGUUCAGACCUCCGAAUACCCUUCCUUACCGAUCACAAACUGAAUUCUCCUAGGGAACUGAAAACCAAACCCAACAACAAGACAGAGCCAAGGAACCCUCCUGCUGGACUCAAUUCAAAAGGACUUCCCUCAUACUUCUUACCAUCUUUCUUUUCUCUUCUCUAUUCCUUCUGCCCCACCCCAUUUCUUCCAUUAUAGGAUGCUGCCUGAGUCUAAAUGGCUAUCUCACCAGCUGGGCCUGCUGGGAUUGGAGCCUAAAGUUUCCUCAGCCUUGCUCCUGAUCUUUCUGGCAUUUAGCACCUGGAUCCUGGGAAAAGGCCUGAUUUGUAUCCACCAGUUCCGUACCAACUGUCAAUGGCUUCGAUGCUUUCCUGAGCCCCCUGAAUGGCACUGGCUCAAUGGUCAUGCAGGAGUGAUCAAACCCAGUGAAGAAGGCAUAAAGCGUGUUCUUCAAUUUGUGGCUGCUUUCAGGGAGGUUUUUGUAAUGUGGGGUGGACCCUUCUUCCCAAUUGUUUUUAUCUGCCACCCCGACUACAUCAAGCCUCUCUUAUCAGCUUCAGCCAACAUUGCACCCAAGGACAAGCUUUUCUAUGGAUUCUUCGAGCCUUGGCUGGGGGAUGGGCUGCUUCUGAGUAGUGGAGACAAAUGGAGCCGGCACCGACGCUUGCUGACCCCGGCUUUUCACUUUGACAUCCUCAAGCCUUACGUGAAGUUCUUCAACCAGUCCACAGACAUCAUGCAUAUGAAAUGGCGGCAUCUGUGUGUUGGAGACAACGUUCGGCUAAACAUAUUUGAGCACAUCAGCCUCAUGACCCUGGACAGCCUGCAGAAAUGUGUCUUCAGUCAUGACAGCCACUGUCAGGAGAAGCCAAGUUCCUACAUCUCUGCCAUCUUGGAGUUAAGUGCCCUUGUUUCAAGACGCAACAACCAGCCACUCCUAUAUUGGAACAGUCUAUACUACCUCACAAGCCAAGGAAGGCACUUCUCUAGGGCUUGCAAUGCAGUGCAUGUCUUCACAGAUGAUGUCAUCCAGAAUCGGCGUCGUGUCCUUGCUGAACAAGGCUCUGAGGCCUUCCUCAGGAAUAAGAGAAAAGGAAAGACCUUGGACUUCAUAGAUGUUCUACUACUGGCCAAGGAUGAAGAUGGAAAGGCUCUAUCAGAUGAGGACAUUCGGGCAGAGGCUGACACCUUCAUGUUUGAAGGGCAUGAUACAACUGCAAGUGGCUUGUCUUGGGCCCUUUAUAACCUGUCCCAGCACCAGGAAUAUCAGGACCGCUGUCGUCAGGAAAUACAGGAAUUGCUGAAGGGUCGUCAGCUAGAGGAGAUUGAAUGGGAUGACCUUUCCCAGAUGCCUUUCCUGACCAUGUGUAUCAAGGAGAGUCUGAGGCUGCACCCACCAGUUGUUGCUAUUGCUCGCCGAUGCACCAAGGAUAUCAAACUACCUGAUGGGCGCAUUAUCCCCAAAGGGAACACCUGUCUGGUCAGCAUUUUUGGAACCCACCACAAUCCAACUGUGUGGCCCAACCCUGAGGUCUAUGACCCAAACCGUUUUGACCCCAAUAAUACACAGAUUUCGCCUUUGGCAUUUUUGCCCUUCUCAGCUGGACCCAGGAACUGUAUUGGCCAGAACUUUGCCAUGGCUGAGCUAAAGGUUGCACUGGCCCUCACCCUACUGCGAUUCAGAAUCCUCCCUGAUGAACAUCCUCCCCGAAGGAAGCCAGAAGUGAUCCUCAGGUCAGAGGAUGGGCUGUGGCUGAGGGUGGAGCCGCUGCAACAUCCUUCCACCCUUGAAAUACACACCCCGGAAACAUCCCAGGAUUGAUGGAUGGGCAUUUCCUCAGGCCUUGGACAUAGAGACAUGGAUGAAGAUUGCCUGUCCCCUUACUAACCUUUAUCUUGAUUGGGAGUCUUCUGAAUAAAAGCACUUUUACAUCUUG